AUGGUUAACAGCUUAGACGAUAAUAUCAUCGUGCGCAAGAAUUUGAUGCUGCUGGACAACGUCACAAAUCUGGAACGCCCCGCCGUGGAUUAUUUUCAUUACGACUUUGCCAGCACGGACAACUUGGCAAUGCCACAGACUUGGAAUCUUCUCUGCAAGGUGGGCAAGUAUAAGGUGCUUCGGCUGCCUAGUUGCUCUCUUGAAGACGACAUGGACUACAACAUGUAUCUAAAGCGUCUGCAUCACUGUCUCUGGAGACGGUGGUCCAUGAACCAGUUCCAUCUCACCAAAAAGAAGAUUGAUCCUCUGCGAAUCAACUGGAACAAAGAACUCGACAUGACUGUUUUGUACGGACCUGAAGUGGCUAACACCAAUUCCGUAUCGCGUAUCACGAAGGAUACCGCAUUUCUCGACAAGCCAGCUAUGGUUGAUGACAGCUUGGAAGAGAAGCUUUCCGAUGAAAAGUUAUGUUACUCUUCGUCCCUAGAAUCUCGCGAUUCAUCGAUCUUUGAUCAAAUUCCACACGGGUCCUGUCUCAAACGUACGCCAAGUGGCUCGGGGCCCAGGAAAAGUUUGCAUUUCAACAACCAUGUUCUCAGAAGAGACAUAGACUCUCAUGGAUCUUUCCAUGAACGGGAGGUUUUCAUUAAUGAUGCGUUUCCCAUCAGAGCAUACAGAAGACCUCAAAAAAACCUAACAGUUCGCUCCGACUGUUUUAUCAUCGGAUCACCUGAUGAUGAAUUUGAUAGCGAUAUUGACAUGUUGUAUGACGACGAUGAUGACUUUUACGAUGAUGACGAUGACGAUGAUGACAACAGAAUACGCUCGUAUUUCUGA